GGUAGCAUCAUGUGAACUUCGUAAUCGUGUCAAAGCAGCGACAAGAUCACUGAUAAUGGUUGUCACCUGUUAUCUAUUCUCAAAUAUCAUCGAUGUUUUUAUUGCUGCAUGGGAAUAUUUGGAUGGUGCAUCAUUGUUACAAUUGGAAGAAUUUUAUUCAAUUGCAACCGAUGUUUCAUCAUUACUCACCAUAUUAGCUGCUAGUUUACGAUUUCCUAUUUAUUUAAUCAAUGAUAAAAUUAUUCUAAGAGAGGUUCGUUUUACUGUAUGCUUCUUUUAUUAUCACUUGGCAGUCUGCUUCUCAAUACUAUCAAAACGAUCCAGACGGAAGCAUCACUUAAAGGAUGAAUUGAAAUUAAAUAAUCAAAAUAAAAUUAACACGCAUAAUUCUACAGAUGAUAUUGUGUUACGUAAAACACGAAAUAGUUUGGGAGCAGUAUGCAUAUCAGUAACAGAUAUUGGUAUAAAUAAACAAAGAUCACAACAUUCAAUUGUUGCACUGCAAAUGAGCCCAUCACAAAUUGCAGUUCGAAUUCCACUAGUUCUCGAAGAACAUUCAUCCUCUGAGGUAAACGACAAUCAGGAAACAAUUCUAUUACUCUGA